AUGUCAGGAUCCCCGAACGACUUACCACGCGUGGUCCACGACGUGGACUUCAACGUAGCAGAUUUUGAAGAGUUCUCAGACUCAGACUCUGCUGAUGACGUGCAAUUUGAAGGCAUGCAAAUUGAUGAUCUCGACUAUGCCGGCACAUUGGAAUACAGCCCGCAGCUACAUAGCCGGGAAUCGCGCGAUGAAACCGAAUUUUCAUCCCGCGCUCCAAAUCCCGAGGGCUAUUCGCAGCAGUUUCGCGACGUGGGUUUCUCGCAAUUGCCCAAUCCUAAUGAAAUUGAACGCCGGCCUCAACUUAGUGCUGAGCAACAUGCUGCUUUGACUGUCUUGUAUGACGAGGAGUUACUAAUGAUGUAUUCUAUGAAAUCUGGUCGAACCCUCCCGCAAACCCGCCGCCUAUUUCAAGCAAAAUUAAUCGCAGAUGGAGACCGCGAUCUCGAAGAGGAACUGUUCGCAGCUCGUUUUGCUGUCCCGGCUUCAAUGGCCCAUCUUAUUCCUGAGCUUAAUCCUAUUGUCGAGGGACCUGGGGCUCCGGAGCUGGCGCUCGGUCUUAACGGGACUACUGCAUAUCUUAUCCCUGCUAGGUGGAAGGAGCGCGUUGAUCAUGAUGAAAGUGGGUGGUGGGCGCCUGGGCAGAGGACUGAGGUUGAUGCAAGUGGUGGUAGGCGUGCGGUGAAGAGCUCGAGGAAGAGCGGGAGUGGAGAGGCCUCGAGGGUUGGGUCGAGAUCUGUGUCCAGGUCUGCUUCAAAGGGUUGA